UUUUAAUGGAGAUAUUGAAGUAAAGGGGAUGAAGGCUUCAAUAUUAGAUUUGUUGUUCACUUUCAUUUACUUACAAGUGAUCGAUAUAAGCGAUAAAACUGUUUGCCAACUUUAUGAGGCUUCAGAUUACUUGCAGUUUAAUGAUGUAAAAACACAUUGUGUUAGCUUCUUCAAUGAUGCACUUGCUGUUGAGAACUGUUUAAGUUUCCGUUCCUUUGCACAAAGAUACCAGCUUCUGGAGUUGGUGGAAAAAUGUGACAAAUUCAUCGUUGACAACUUAAAGUUGGUUUCCAAAGAAUUAAAAUUCAUGGAAUUAUUCGUAGAUGAAGCUGAAGCUCUGAUUGCAUUGAAACAACAACAGGAUUCUUGCCAAGAUUCGAUUUUCAGGACCAUCUUGAAUUGGAUCAAACACGACUUUAAACAACGUCAACAAUUCAUUGAACAAUUGUUUCAACUGAUUGAUGUCAAGAAACUAUUAACUGCGUUCCUUGAAGAAGUUGUUGAAAAAUCUGAGAAAUGGAUUAAAAGAACAGAUUAUUUUCUUGAUAUUCUCACCCCAGAAUAUAUCGCUCGUAUUAAAUCAAAUCUAGUUCAAGCACCAGGUGGAGCAAGAGAGGGUAAUUUCUAUGAUUUCUAUGAAUAA